UCACUUCGAUUAUCAUUAAAAAAAAACGACUGACAGUGAGUUAAACAGAAAAUAGUAUCAACUUUAAACAGCAAUCAUGUCAUGGUCAAUUGUGCCGUUGUUAACGCGGGAUAUCGACUACUUUGAUCGUCAGAGGGACCUGUAUUCCAAGUGGAUGCAUUUGUUUGAUGAUGAUUGGAGGGCCAUGAGAUUCGACGAUUCCGUGAGCCGAUUUGACCGAGAAUUGGACCGCAUCCGUCGUGAGCUGCAUGACCUAGACGCUCAAGUUCCGGAGCUCCAGGUCGCACAACCGUUCGUCACGGACCCGGAGGGGAACCGGAAGUUGUCGCUCCGUUUCAACUGCGACAAGUUCAAACCGGAAGAAAUCACAGUUAAGACCACCGGAAACGUCCUGAACGUGCACGCGAAACACGAGGAAGACCGCCCAGGCAAGAAAGUUCACAUGGAGUUUACACGAAACUACACGCUUCCGAAAAACGUUGAUCCAAAAGGCCUAAAAUCCACCCUCUCCAAGGACGGGGUGCUGCAAAUUGAGGCCCCGGCGCCACCCGCGGUUGAGGCUCCGAAAGAAAACCUCAUUCCGAUCGAAAGAUUGUAAUAAACUAUUAUUCUAUGUCGAAAGUGUCCUGGUGAACGUUAUCACUUGUUUGAAGUUGGGAUCACAUGCGGAGUAUUAUGUAUUAAAAUCAUGAAUCAUUACAUAAUGUUAAUCUUUUCAACAUAUUUCAUUUUUUGUCGACGUAGUAAAGACUACACAUUUCAUUGUUUCUAUGUCAACAUAGUUGAUUUCGCUGUUUGUACAUUUCGUAGGUCAAGAACAAUUGUGUACGUCAUUUAUUACUUUUAUUUGUUUGUUAUUCAGGGGAUUAAGUAUGUCAGUAUUUGUUUGAUUUGUACAUAAAUAAACCUUUGAACGAUA